AUGGAUGCUGACGGCAGCGAGAUCUCGCGCCUGCCGGCGGAGCUCCUCGCGUCGAUCGUCUCCCUCACGUCGCCGCCUGACGCGGGACGCUGUGCCGCCGUCUCCCGGGCCUUCCUCGCUGCGGCGGACUCCGACGCCGUCUGGUCCUGCUUCCUGCCCCGCUACCUCCCACAGCUCGCUAAAAGCGUGCUCCGCCGCGCGCCGCCGUCCGAGAACAAGAAGGGCUUGUUCCGACGCCUCUCCGACCAACCGGCGCUCCUCCCAGGCAAGCUCGUGAGCAUGCGGCUGGACAGGGCUACUGGCGCCAAGUGCUACAUGCUUUCGGCAAGGGCGCUCAAUAUUUCGAAGGGCGAGACCCGAUCAUGCUGGGAAUGGAUCGACCUCUGUUAUGAUGAGUUCCGUGAAGCAGCUCAACUUCGGGGAGUUUGGUCAUUGGAAAUCCGUGGCAAAAUACAUAGCAGAAUGCUCUGCCGAAACUCCAUGUACGCUGCUUACAUGCUGUUCAAGCUAGCCGAUGGGUACACCAUGAUGGAUUUCCCGUUUCAAGAGGCAUCCAUUAGCUAUGGAGGCACUAGCUCAAAACGGCAAGUUUGCCUCCAAGCCUACAUGGAGGAUGGGGAUGACGGCGUACCUCGCAAACAUAUUUUGAAGUCAAGUUGGGAAAGCCGACUGCCUCAUAGCUAUUGUCUCACAGAUGACGUCAUGGUCCCUUGGAAAAGGGCCAACGACUAG